AUGUCGUCGACUUUUGGUUAUCUAUGUGCUUUAAUUUAUUUUUCUACUCUAUACAUAAUAAUAAUUGAUGCUCGAUCAAUAAAUUCAAUAGAUAAUGUCGAAUCAAUGGUUGGCAAUCUUUCAUAUGAUCAUAAUCAAGAAAGUUUUAUAAAACUUGCAAAUUAUCGUCAUAGUUUUGAGCAUUCAACAAAUUUUAAACGAAUCCGUUGGUCGCUCAGACAUCGAUAUAAUAAAGCUUAUUGUGAAUUUUGCGAUUUAGUUGUACCAGUGGUGCGACUGCUUAUUGAAGCAAAUCAAACUACUCAUGCAGAGAAUGUCGUUAAUGGAUUUUGCAGAGAAUUUAAAUUAAUUGAUGUAAACGUCUGUAUUGGUGCUGUUCACGAAUAUAAAGAUGCAGUAAUAGAAGUUAUAUCGCUAUCGAAUUAUAAUAACAAACAACUGUGUGCAUUAGCAUUUAAUUGUUAUAAACAAUUUGACUAUCCAAUUAUAACAUGGAAUGUUACAUUUCCUCAUGACAAACCAAAGCCACCAUCGCAACCACCACAACCACCACAAGUAAAUUACCAAUAG